GCUUGCAGAAGGUACUUAUAUGGGGGGAACUGUGUUCCAGCAUGUCCAACCAGGCGUAUCUACAAUGUUCACACUUCGUCAUGGGAGCAGAAUAAAGAGGGUCGAUUUUCAUUAGGUCACGUAUGCGUCUCCCAGUGUCCAGAAGGCUUUCUCAUGGAUGGUGAUCACUGUGUACUUAAGUGUUCUCGGCCAGGAACACAGCAAAUUCGCAAUCAAUGCGUUCAAUGUCCGCCUUCAGGAUGUCUAAAGUCCUGCUCAGCAAAGCAAUUACAACUUCCAUCUGUCGAUUUCUUGUACAAAAGCCUCCUCAAACAAAUGGUUAAUUGCACGUUCUGGGAAGGUAGUUUGAUUCUAAAGAAACAAUCAUUUGAAGGGGACACUUUCCACAAUCUUACUCAAGAAGAAGAAUCUGUCACUUUUGAGGAUCUGAAAAAUGGUCUGGGAAAUAUUCAGGAGAUAACUGGUAUUCUCUACAUUGGAACCGAAUCUCUUGCGCCUUGGUUAAGGAACUUAACUUUCCUGUCAAAAUUGAGACGCAUCGGUGGAGAAGCUCCUCAGGGAUACAACUCACCCUUGAAAAUCCUACACAACUACUACUUGGAACACCUGGGAAUUUCUUCACUGAAAUUAGUUGGUGCCCAUAGAGGAGUAAUCCAAAUUGUUCAAAAUCCCAAAUUGUGUUUAGCAGAAACAAUAAAAUGGAGGUCACUGAUGUGGAUGCCCGAAAGACCUACCACUGAUAUGACCUUGUCAUUCCCUAUAAUUUUUCAAAACCGGCCAUCCAAUGAGUGCCUUGCUGAUAGAAUCGGUUGCGAUGAAAGUGUCUGUGAUCUUCAACACGGUUGUUGGGGCCCUGGACCAACUAACUGCAGAGUGUGUGCUCAUUGGCUUAUUCAGGGUCGUGAGGAGACUGGCAGAUGCGUUCUCAACUGUUCUUUGGUUGAGGGUGGAUAUUAUCCUGUUGUAAUUACAAGAACCAUUAGGGCAAACAAGACUCUAAAAGCCAAUUACUGCUAUAAAUGCCAUAAAGAAUGCGGAACAGCACCAGGAGCUUGUUUUGGACCCGAUGCGAAUCAUUGUAACAAUGGCUGCGCGAAUGUCUUGGAUGGAGAAUUUUGCAGAGCUGAGUGUCCCCUUGGGAAAUUUCCAGAUGGAAAGAAUGUCUGCCAAGAAUGCGCAUCGGUGUGUACAACUCAUCCACAAGGUCUCUAUGACGAAACCGAAUCCACUAACUGGACUGCGGUUUGCACCGGACCCGGUGAUUGGUUUGGCUCAAAUGGCUGUUCACAUUGCGUUCAGGUUGUCUCGGCCAAUAGUUUAGUCAAAGAGUCUGCAUUGAAGCUGAAAUGCCUUACUCCAUAUCAGCAUUGUCCAAAUGAUACAUUCCUACAUCUCAUCAAUAUUCCACGAGACGAGCCAGAGGAAGAACUGCGUGCAAAAAUAAGGGAGGACAAUUCAUUGAUUCAUUUUCAGAAAGGACUUCAUUCUCUUCUCGGUGACUGGUUGACCGCACACCAAUUACAAAGGAGUAAGAUUGGGAUGGUGCGUAUAUGCGCCCCCUGUCAUUCUCAAUGUUCCAAUGGGUGUUCGGGCCCAUCACCCAAUCAGUGCACACAGUGUCGUAACGCUCGAUAUAAUGGGAUCUGUGUUGAAAAGUGCGUUGAAGGCACAUACGAGACCAAUGGGACACAUGGAGAAAUCUUGUGUCUACCCUGUCAUGCUCAAUGUGGAUUAGGCUGCGGUGGGCCAACGGCAAGUGAUUGUGACGUCUGCCGGAACUAUAAAAGGUUUCUUAAUGACAAUAAAUCAAAGUGGAUUUGCGUUGAAUCCUGUCCUCCGGGUAUAUCUUUCCGAAUUGAGCCCAAUCCAAACACAAAUGCAGUUGAAUUUGUGUGUGUGUAUGAUAAAAACUUGAACAAUUCACAACCUGCUGAUAGGGAAAAAGUGGAUCGAUGUUUCUUGUGUUUUUCGUCAGAAAUCAUAAGUCCAGGUUUGCUUAAUCGUCUAUCAUUGCUGUCCAAAGCUCUUUUUGCUUUCUGUGGCCUGUCGGCACUUUUCAUAGCCAUCUACUUCAGUUAUACUUGUUCAAAAGUUGUGGUCGGUGGCAGAAAUUUAAAGUCUAAUCUUGUUAUGAGUGAAUCCGCAAGUGGUUGUAACGCCAUGUGUUAUCGAUUUUGGAUGAAGUCGGUAAUAGUACCCGAUGCCGAUGAAGAAAAAUAUGGAACAAGAAACAGCAAUGCAAGAAGAAAUAUUAGACUCCGUUCUCUACCCAUAAGAUCUAGUACUCUGAAGCAUGGUGAAGAGACGCAUUCCUUGAUGAAACAUCAAUCAGAUACAAUGCCUGACAUGACAACUCUUUUGAUAAUUCCUGAGUACCAACUUAAACUUGGAAGUAGAGUCGGAGGGGGAGCGUUCGGUUCAGUUUUCAAAGGAAUUUGGUACAAGGGUCCCAUUUCUCCCAGCUUCGCAAAAGAGAUCGACAAUAUGUUUGCAAAGGCAAUAAGAGAGGAAACCAGCUUCGUUCCACUGGACUCAUUGGUUGAAGAUAACACAUAUGCUAGCACCGAACAAGAAUACUUGACUGUGGAAGAAGAAGAUGAAAAAGUGAUAAAAUGGGCUCCAAAUAUUGACCAUAGCAUACUUCCCGAACAUCAGACCACACUAGAUCCCCAGUUAAUAAAUAAUGGUGCAGGAGAUCCGCAAUCAAAUCCGAUAGUUCAACUUAAAGAAUCCAAAGAAUCUGUGAUUAUGCGUCCAGAUUCUCUAACUACAGAACCGAGACAUUGUGUAAAACACAACGAAGAAGAUAGUGAAAGAGAUGAUCGAUGCGUGGAGAAUGUUGAAGAGCACGUCGUUGCUAUAAAAGUUCUAAAUGAUGAAACGGAUUCAUCCACUUCAAAGGCUUUAUUGGAGGAGGCUCGAGCAAGUGUCCAAACUAUUCUUUUUAAUAAGCUACUUUGUCUACAAUUUACCGAUUCCUUGAUCAAAAUAACAGACUUUGGUUUGGCGAAAUGCAUUGAGGAUACAGGCGGUGAGUAUACUGCGAAAGGUGGUUUAAUGCCAGUUAAAUGGCUUGCGAUUGAAUGCAUCAAAAAGAGGAUAUUCUCGAGUAAAUCAGAUGUCUGGGCUUAUGGUUGGCUGGAGGACCCUGAAGCGCGACCCAGUUUCGAAGAUUUGUUCCAAAGAAUCUGUUACAUGCAAUUGGAGCCUCAAGCAUACCUCAAUUUUAGACAAAGGGGAAGAAGUCGACUAUGGAGUGACUCUGGAAUCACAGCGUCUUCAUCAGGUUAUAUUGCAACUACUCUGAAUACAGCAAUGACCAAUACAGAAAAUACAAGCAUCAUCAUGAAGUCAUUGUCAGAAGCAUCAGAACCAAACACCACAGCUGCAAGUCCAAAUUACCAAGAGAGAGAAGGAGUUGAAGAGGAAGGAGAGGUGAUACACUAUGCGUCACCUCUGUCUGAUUAUCGAUAUGGCAUUAUGGCUGCUGUUACCUCUUCCCAACGUCUUGAACAAACUCAACUUCUUGAAAGCAUCGUCGAAGACGCUGAGGAAACUAACGCCUUCCCUAACGAUUAUGAGCGACCAAAUGCAACUUUUCGAAUAACUGACGAACUUCAAGCCGGUGGAGCGUCAACAAUCCCCAUAGCAGAGGAGGAUUAUUUGGAACCAAGACAUAAUUCUGAAAAUACUGAUAAAUAUCUGAAUUUUUGA